AUGAGUCCCAAACAUGUAGUGAAAUUUCGAAAAAGAAAGAGCCAGGGGGAAGGAGGAAGAGAUCAGAAGUGUGAAGAGCCACACGAGUCUCCCAAGAGAGUGAAACAAGAACUCUAUGAAAAAGAGCCUGCUCAUCAAGAAUCUGGAAAUCGUCAGGCAAUGAAUCCCAUGGCAAAGGGUCCAUUGCACCCAAAUAAACAAGACAAGGUCAGAAACCCUGAAGAGGAGGAUGUCAUUGAGGUGAAAUAUGUGGGUGCUGGCAAGAGUCGCAAGCGCACUUACUCCAACAUACAGGACAGAGUUGAGAAACAGCACAAUGAAAAGUGCAGAAGCCCUGAUGUAACACCUGACAUGGAGCAGGAAAUCAUGAAUGCACUCGGUCCAGGGCCACAAGAGGACAUCUUAAGCAGUGCAUUUAAACUGAACAUCACCAGAGGAGACAUGCAGACUCUACGGGAAAGCCAGUGGCUCAAUGAUGACAUCAUAAAUUUUUACAUGAACCUACUCUCACACAGGAGCAAAUCACCAGGCUAUGCCUCACUUCACACCUUUAAUACAUUCUUCUAUACGAAACUCAAGUGUGGGGGAUACAGGUCUGUGAAAAAGUGGACCCGGGCCGUGAAUAUCUUUGAAAAGGACAUUGUCCUCGUGCCGGUACAUCUACAUGUCCACUGGAGUCUUGUGGUCAUAGACCAACGAAAGAAGACCGUUGUCUACUGGGAUUCCAUGGGACUCAAAAGAACAGAUGUCCUGGGAUUGAUUUUCCAGUACCUGCAAGAAGAAAGCAAAGCAAAAAGGAAUAUAGAUCUGGACCCCUCGGAGUGGAAGCAAUACUGCAUGUCAGCAGAGGAGAUUCCCCUGCAGUUGAAUAUGAACGAUUGUGGAGUGUUUACCUGUAAAUAUGCAGACUAUAUUUCGAGAGGCCAACCCAUAAACUUUUCUCAGCAGCAUGUGCCUCUGUUUAGGAAGAAGAUGGUGUGGGAAAUCCUGCAUAAGCGCUUACUGUAA